AUGGCCCAUCUUGUGCCACAAGGCCAUCUUGUUCUUUCCAUUUCUCCCACUGUAACUAAGGCGAUAAAAACUCUACGGGCUCCCUCUUAUAUGUCGUUAUCCUUCUCUUUCUCCUCUCUUCUCAAAGCCUUCAUACAGACAAUGGAUGCUUCGAUACCAACGAUCUUCUCCUACCGCGCUAUUCUCUCGGUCAAAAUGAUGCUCCUACGCGUUCUCAUCGCCAUCUUCUUCCACUUCCCUGUGGCCCUUUCAUUCCCCCAAAUUCUCACACAUACUCAUUAUCACAACCGAAGUGUGGAAAUUGAUCCUCCUCCAACUACCAUUCAUCCAAUUCCUCUACCACUGCCUCCAACAACGUCGUUCCCAACACCCACAACGACUUCAGAUCCCUGGAAAGACAUGUGUAAACCCGGUGCUGAAUGCGACUGCACACGCAUCCAAGACAAAAACGGCGAAGAAUACUUCCAAUGCGUCACCAACCCCCGCUGCGACCACUGCUGGAUCAACAUCACCACCACAACAACCCACCCAAUUCCUCCCGCGACGAAGCUCUUCAGCACAGACUACAUGACGCUUCUGCCAGGAACGUAUUUUACUUCCUCGGACGGCACGAUGCAUGUCGUGGUCGUGGAGCCUUCUCAGAUAACGACGACGAGGUUCGUUACUUUGACGCGGACGAGCUUGGUGACUGUUUCCGUAACGCCUAUGUGA